AGAGCAAGAGAGAGAGAGAGAGAGUGAGAGAUAGAAAGGAGGAAGAGCUAGAGGGCCAGUGUAUUUGGCCUGUCCUGGUCUCUCUGUACUAUGCAGCCUCCUACUACUGCCCCUGGCUUCGGGCAAAACCCGGAAAAACCCGGCACCGGCCUUCACCACCGAGCCUUAGGAGUUAAAUUAGGGAGUCAGAAGAUCUGAGGUCAAUUACAGGAUCAGUAUUCUGGGAAUUAGAUCCUGGAUUAGUUUGAUUUGGGAAGUGCAUGUUGGAUUUCCUGCUGGGCGAGAGAUUGGUGCCAACCGAAGGGUGGCAGCAGUGGACGAAUGAAUGACUGGUAGACCACCAGAGAGGUCGAUAUGAAACCGUAAAUGGGAAAGAUGGAAUUUUAGAAGAUUCAAGGCCAGGAUUCAUCUCCAUCACCCGUUCCCAAUCUCUCCAUUCACACAACAACCACCAGCUUCCAAAACCUCUACCCUGGCGCCACCAUGGAUCUUAAUGCAUGCAGCAUCUGUCUCUAAAACCCUGUGGAAGACACUCUCUUCCUUCUGGUCGCUUCUUCUGCUUUGGUGCUGAUGCUUUGGUGCUGGUCCCUCAGCAGGACAGGAGAGACAGAAAGGACCAGCAUGCUGUCUGUAGGAUGGAAGGACAGAAGAACAGCAGUCUAUCUUCUCUGGAUCGUUUCCCUCAGCUGGAUCUGCUUCCCAGCUGGAGCUCAGAUGAGAAUCCCUCCUGAAACGGUGCAGGUUUGGGCCAAUGCAUUCGGGAAACAGCUGUCUAUCUUAUCAUCAAGAUAUUCUGGAUCUCUCCUGCUGCAAAAAAAAUAUAAGGACAUUGAGCCGAUAGUGAAGAUGGAGGAGGUGGAUGGUAUGGAGCUGGUGAGGAGUUUCGCUGAGGAGAUGGAGAACAUGCUUGGCAGGAAGAUGAAAUCCGUCAAAAGAAUGGCUGAGGCUGCAGAGGAUGCUGAUUUCUAUCACGAGUUCAACGCCACACUAGAGUUUGAUUAUUAUAACUCCAUGUUAAUAAACACUAUGGAUGAGGACGGGAACUUUGUGGAGUUGGGUGGAGAAUUUCAGCUGGAGGAAAACGAGCAUUUCAACAAACUUCCCGUCAACACGCAACAAAGCGUCAUCCAGGUGCCCACUAACGUCUACAAUAAAGAUCCGGAUAUUCUGAAUGGUGUGUACAUGUCCGAGGCUCUGAACGACGUGUUUGUGAGUAAUUUUGAGAAGGACCCCACGCUGACCUGGCAGUACUUCGGCAGCUCCACUGGAUUCUUCAGGCUUUAUCCUGGUAUUAAAUGGACGCCAGAUGAAAACGGAGUCGUCACCUUUGAUGGUAGAAACCGCAACUGGUAUAUCCAGGCAGCUACGUCCCCUAAAGACAUCAUUAUAGUGGUGGACACCAGCGGCAGCAUGAAGGGUCUCAGACUCACUAUAGCUAAACUCACCAUCAACACUAUUCUGGACACACUGGGAGAAAACGACUUCGUAAAUGUCAUGGCUUACAGUGAUUAUGUUCAGUACGUGGAGCCGUGUUUUAAAGGUACCCUGGUGCAGGCCGAUCUGGACAAUCGGGAGCACUUCAAGGUUUUAGUGGAGGGUCUUCAUGUGAAAGGAGAGGGAAAAGUCAAGAAAGCCAUGAAAGAGGCCUUCCGUGUUUUAAAUGAGGCUGUUACGACGGGUAAGGGCAGUCUCUGUAAUCAGGCUAUAAUGCUGAUUACUGAUGGAGCGAUGGAGGAUUUUCAGCAGGUUUUUGAGGAGUUUAAUUGGCCGGAUCGCAGGGUGCGCGUGUUCACGUAUCUGAUUGGUCGAGAGCUGACGUUUGCUGAAAAUGUGAAAUGGAUUGCCUGUAAUAAUAAAGGUUACUACACACACAUCUCCACUCUGGCAGACGUGCAGGAGAAUGUUAUGGAAUAUCUGCAUGUUCUCAGUCGACCAAUGGUCAUCAACCAUGACCAUGACAUCAUCUGGACUGAGGCUUACAUGGACAGUGUGUUGUUUAAUACUCAGGCUCAGAGUUUGCUGUUGAUGACCUCAGUGGCCAUGCCUGUGUUCAGCAAGAAAGAGGAAACUCUGUCUCAUGGUAUUCUCCUGGGUGUGGUUGGUACUGAUGUUCCUUUAAAAGAGCUCAUGAGACUCGCUCCUCGAUACAAGCUGGGAGUUCAUGGUUAUGCGUUUCUGAACACAAAUAAUGGCUACAUCCUGUCCCACCCAGAUCUACGUCCACUGUAUAAAGAAGGGAAGAAGCUGAAGCCCAAACCCAACUAUAACAGUGUAGAUCUGUCGGAGGUGGAGUGGGAGGACACUGAAGACACAUUGAGGACAGCUAUGGUGAAAGGGGAGACGGGGACGAUGUCUCUGGAUGUGAGGGCCACUGUGGACAAGAGGAGAAGAGUUGUGUUCCUGAAAAACGAGUAUUUCUACACAACCAUCAACGAGACGCCGUUCAGUCUUGGAGUAGUGCUCACCAGAGGUCAUGGGAAAUAUACUUUUAUUGGCAAUAUAUCAGUAGAAGAAGGUUUACAUGAUCUGACUGCAUCUGAUGUGAUCAUAGCGAACGAGUGGAAUUACUGUGAAACUGAUAUUGAUCCUCACCAUCGCAAACUCACACAGUUUCAGGCAGUGAUUCGAUAUCUCACUGGAAAAGAGCCAGACCUGCAGUGUGAUGAGACUCUGUUGAGACAGACGUUGUUUGAUGCUGUGGUCUCGGCUCCUCUGGAAGCGUACUGGACCGCUGUCACUCUCAACGCGUCCGGGAUUGAUGAUGGGAUUGAGACGGCGUUUAUGGGUACGAGAUCAGGUCUGAUGAGGAUGUAUAAAUAUGCAGGAACUGAGAAACGAGUGGCAAAGAAGUUUCUGUCUCCGUCAGAUAAAGAUAAUCUCUUCACUCUGGAUCAUUUCCCAGUGUGGUACCGCCGAGCUGCCGAGAAUCCUGCUGGGCGUUUCUUAUACUACGUUCCCAGAGACAUGCAAGAUGGAAGGAUCCUGAUUGCCGUCACCUCUGUAACAGUAACAGUGGGCCAGAAAACAGCUCUAGCGGGAGCUGUUGGAGUGCAGAUGUCUCUGGAGAUGUUGGAGAAGAGGUUGUGGUCCAUUGCGACUCAGCCCAACGAUACAGAUUGUGCCGGAGUGGAGGGGCUGUGUCCAAUGAGCUGCAGCAAUACAGAAGUGAACUGUUACAUCAUUGACAGCAACGGAUUAAUCCUCAUCUCCAAAGAAAAGAAAGAGGUUGGCAAAUUCUUUGGGCAGGUUGAUGGCUCAGUGAUGUCUCAGUUACUGCGGAUGGGCAUGUUCAAAAGGAUUUCCCUAUAUGACUACCAGGCCAUGUGUAAAGUGAAUCCACAUUCUUCCAGCAGUGCCCGCCCACUUCUCAGUCCCUUUUACAACAUGAUGGCAGCUCUGAAAUGGUUCAUGUCCAACGUCAUAUUGUUUCUACUGGACUUUAAUCUGUACGGAUUGUGGCAUUCGGAUCAUUUCGUUGAUGCUAAAGCCUCCUUUCAUGCGUCCAGUAAGAAGUCAAAGGGGGAUAUCCUGCAGCCCUGUGAUACUGAAUACCCCAGCUUCGUCUACGAACCGUCCAUCAAGGAGACCAACAGCGUCAUCAAGUGUGGAAGAUGUCAAAAGGUUUUCGUGAUUCAGCAGAUUCCUGAUAGUAAUCUGUUGAUGAUGGUGGUCCAGGCGGACUGUGACUGUUCUCGGCAGUACUCCCCAAUCACUAUGGAGCCCAGAGAGGUUAAAUAUAACGCCUCGGUGAAGUGUGACCGGAUGAAAUCUCAGAAGAUCCGAAGACGACCAGAAUCCUGUCACGCAUACCACCCUCAGGAAAACGCCAAAGACUGUGGAGGAGCUUCAGACAUCCGGCUCUCGAUCCUUCUCUUCCUGAUCUCACUGAUUUCCUCCAUAAUUAUCUCAAACUGAUGAGAUCAUCUAGAGCUUCCAGAUCAUCACCUACCAGCACUCAGAGCACAGCGAGGCGGACCUGCUGAUAGAUCUGAUAAAUAUCCACUCCAGAGUCUCUCUGAUGAUUUUUUAUUAUAAACUGAUGCUCAGCAGCACUGGACUGAACGUGUUCUUGAUAUGAACUUUAUAUUUUUUAUAUUUCUCUACUCCAAGACAAGAGGAAAACUACUGACAGUGUUUCAACACCUAAUGGACGUUAAUACAUUAUUUAUCUUAUUUAUUCAUCUUCUUUUAAAUACAGAGAGCAGUUUAUUACUAAACACAGACUGUAUGAACAUUUUAAACAUGGAUUUCUCUGUUUAAGCUGCUGAUAACAAGCGAUAAAUCCCACUGUAUUCCUCAUUCUUGUUUAUGAAACUUGGAAUUUCAUGUGAACGGUCUUUAAAGCUGUUUUGCACUGGAUAUAAAAGACAAUAAUGUGAUAUAUUUCUGCAUAAAUAUGAUUUUCAGCAAAUAUCAGCAAAUAUUCACACAAGUCUGAACAAUGUGAGGAUGUCUGUCCAUGAACUGAAUCUCAAGAGAAGGUGGAUCACGCAGCAGGACAAUGACCCGCCAUCAUGCAAGUCGUUCUACCAAAGAAUGUUUCAAGAAGAAUAAAGUUAAUGAUGUGGGCGGAGCUGAAGUGAUCAGUUAAUGUGAGAAAACCAUAUUAACCACCAACAUCCCAGAGUUAAGCUGUUCUGUAUGGAGGAAUGGGCUAAAAUUCAUCCAAGUCGGAGUGAAGAACCGAUCAACAGUUACUGGAAACUUUUAGUUACUGCAGUUAUUAUUAAGUUAUUACUACACCAGAUACUGAAACCAAAGCUUUACAAACUUUUAUCACUCACAUAUAUGUAAUAUUGGAUCAUUUUUCUCAAUAAAUAAAUGAAGAAGUGUAA